AACAGAUAAAAUGGUGAAGAUAAGAAGAAAAUGAAUAGAAGUGGAUAUUUGCAUACGUAUGAAUAUAAUGCAUAAAAGAAACAGCAAAAAUGAAAAUUCCGUACACUAUACCGAAAUAUGUAUUUGAAACAUAUCGAUGUUCAGAUGAAACGACACAAUUACCGACCGAGACUGAACGAACAAUUCGGUCGGAAGAUGUUUACUGGGACGUGGACAGAGUUCCGAGCUUAAAGACCCUUGCUCUUCGUGUUAUAGCCUCUGAAUGGAAAAGAAAUCCAAUAUUGGAAGAAUUACCGACAUGCGAGGACAGAAAUGAACUAAUAGAAAUUUUGUCUACCGAUUUGCCAUUUGAAUUGACCAUAAAGAAAAUUGAGGACGAUUAUUAUUGGGAACGUUGCUCGAAAGCUAGAUGGGAACACAACGAUUUAUCUAUACAUGGUAAUUCUUGGCGACGACGUUAUUGCGAGGGUACUUUAAGCGAAUAUUUGGAGAAACUCGAUCCAACUUUUUUCGAAGCGCAAAAGGAAGAAUGCGAAAAAAUGAUCGACCUAGUGCAUAAAUAUGUGUACACCAUACAGAUACGUUCUCUCAUACCUACAAGGAAAACAAGGAUAUCUCUAGACGAGGAAGAUCCUUGUGAAAAAGAUAGAGAAUAUCCCAUUAACCACAUCCCAUUAGACAUUAUUCUACCACAUUUUCCUAAUCUUACGGAAAUUCGCAUUAAUUUUGGACAGAUUUAUAUGAACGAUGGUUUCGAAUGGAAAGACUUUGACAUUUCCAUUGAAGAUUGUUUGGGUCUUGGUCGUGGGAUUAAAGCUUGUGAGAAAUUGAAGAAGUUUAGUUUAACUAGGAGCAAUGUGGACCAAUUACGUAUUGCAGCUCUUCUUCAGGGAAUGGUGGACAAUUAUAAUAUAGAAGAAUUAAAUUUCUCUCAUUGCAAACUGGGAAACGUAGGGGCUCAGGCAAUUGGUGAAUUCCUAUUGUUGCACAAGAAGUUGAAGAUAUUGCAUUUGGAGAACAAUAACAUUGGACCGGAAGGAGUUGCUGGCAUAAUUUAUGGGCUGCUACAGUUGGAGAACGCGAUAAUGUUUAAAGUUCUGAAUCUAGGGAUGAACCCUUUGUUAGACAACGGGAUGUUUCACAUAUGUGCCUUUCUGUUAAGAAACGAAAGUUUGGAAGUUCUCAAUCUGAGUGCUUGCAAAAUAGAAGCUGCAGGAGGUAUGGCAUUGGCCGAUAUAUUGACUUCCGGUUCCAUCAAUUUCGAAAAUUUAAGUAUCGAUGUGUCGAACAACGAUUUUAAUGAAAAAAUUGGAGAGACAAUUGACUUAGCACUGAAGGAAAUUCCAUUUAUAGUGGAAUUCAAAGCUCGAAUGUGUAAUUUCUCGAAAAAAUCAGAAAAUUCUAUCUACGAGAGUGUAAUGAGAAAUAAACUAAAGAAAUUGAAAGAGAAUACGAAACAGAUGCUUGAAGAAUCACAAAGAAUUUCCAGCGAUUUGUCUAUCUUUAAACAAAUAUUCAACGAUGAUAUAUUCCAUAUAUAAGCUCAAAAAAUAAGAAAAAUUGGUAAUAAAA